AUGUCUGGUGGCAACACAGACAACAGGAAUGACUUGGCUACCAGCUGCCAUACCCAGCUGCCGCUUCUGGCUCUGGUGGGGGCCACACCAACCGGGGCGGAGGUGGUCGUCGUGGUAGGCGAGAUCGUGCGGGCAAGGCUGCGGCCGAUUUGGUCCAACAAAACCAUGCUGUCCGCACACCAGCUCAUGACACCGCUCUCGCCCCCCCGUUCGGCAACCGCGGGCACGCCGUCGAGCCCGGCGAGAACCGGAGGUGGAGGAGCUGCAGCGUGA